AUGAAUGGACUUGGAUCCUUCUCCUACCUUGGCUGAAGCUUGUUAUUCGACAGAGGGAUUUUGAUAUGCUCCCUGAGCAGCAUUACAGUGUUAACAGCACAUGAGCAUAUUAGUGCAGGUGGAGAGGCCAUGAAUGAAAACAAAUUUCUGAACACAGACUCCAGCACAGGAUCAGUGGAAACAACUGUCAAGCCAUUACCAUUUAAAGAUCCAAACUUCAUCCACUCCGGCAUUGGUGGAGCAGCAGCUGGCAAGAAGAACAGAACUUGGAAGAACCUAAAACAAAUUCUUGCUUCUGAAAGGGCAUUGCCAUGGCAACUGAAUGAUCCUAGCUAUUUUAAUAUUGAUGCUCCUCCUUCCUUUAAGCCUGCCAAGAAAUAUUCAGACAUUUCAGGACUUCCGGCAAAUUACACAGAUCCCCAGAGCAAGCUGAGAUUUAGUACUAUUGAAGAAUUUGCCUAUAUUCGGAUGCUCCCUUCAGAUGUGGUUACAGGAUACCUGGCUCUAAGGAAAGCAACCAGUAUUGUUUCCUGAAGAGACCAAAUACUGUUGUAUAUUGCUUGUGAACAGCUCUAAUUUUGAGAAUCAUGAUGGAAACUGACUGCGGGACUGAGGUUCCUUAAAACUAUCCAUGGAUAUUUACAUCUGGAAGUAGUUGAUGAUACAUGGAUUUGCAGAACAUAUGGAUUUAAUUUUGAUAAAUGCUGAUAUUUGUUAGUUUGCCAAUUUGUAAGCAAUUUGGUUUGGUGAACAGAAUAACUUAGACCUUAAGGAUACGUAUCUGCACCAUAAUGUCUGAGUUAUAUUGAUUUCUGUAGAGGCAGGAUUUCAUCUCCACCCUGUAUAGUUUAUGUACUGCUCUGGCUCAGAAGAAACAGUCAUUUGAUUUAAGGAAAAGGUACCAAGAUAUCCCAACUUCUCAACCUGCCUUGCCAGAUGCACUUGCCACUUGGCUAUGAAGAAUUUUGUCCUAUCUGUAAAAUGAAGCUAAAAUACCUAG